UGUCCUUUAUUUCAUAAGCCUGUCUGCUUUGUGUCUGGGUGUGCAUUGUGUUGCUAUGAAGAGGACGCCGCGACACACCAUGAUCUCUUGGAGAUCUACCAUGCUGCCCAGACUCCAUUUCUGUCUCCUAAUUUCUUUGCCAGUUCUCCUGGUGCAAGGCAGCGCCACUAAUUCAGCCAAGACGAGCCCCGCUGCCCCAGCCAGCGCCCCACCUCGCCCGCCUCCUCCUCUGGGUGACCCGACCUGGGCACUGGGUCUGCGUCUGUACCAGGCCCUGCGCUCAGACUCGAGCUCAGUGAACACCCUCUUCUCCCCUCUGCUCGUGGCUGCCUCACUUGAAGCACUGGGUGAAGGUUCUGCAGGUAACACUGCCAGCCAGGUGCAAGACCUCCUCAAGCCAGCAUCCCCCUCCAAGGCAGGAGCACAGGCUGGGGAGCUUCUAUCUGAGUCGUUAAAGCGCUUCAGUGACGCUAACGGAACCAGCUUUCACUUGCAUGCAUCCUCGGCUGUGUUUUUAAAGCAGGCUCCUGCAUUCAGCCAGGAGUUUGUCAAGAAAAGCCAGAGCAGGUUCAGGCUGCAGCAUCAGACACUGGAGAAAGGUGACUCCAAGGCUGACCAGAAGCGGCUCCAUGACUGGGCUAAGGCUGAGCUCAACGGGCUGGAAGGAGGUCCUUUGGAGACAGAGAUCAAGGUCAAGGCUGGAGGCCUGAUCCUGGCCAAUGCCCUCCGCUUUAAAGGGCUGUGGGAGAGACAGUUCAGCGAAGAGAGCACAGAUCUUCGUACCUUCUUGGGAAAGAAAUACACCAAAGUGAUGAUGAUGCACAGAGCAGGUUUGUACCGCCGCCAUGAAGACAUUGACAACAUGGUGCAACUUCUAGAGGCGCCUCUGUGGGGAGGCAAGGCCAGCAUCAUGCUCCUGAUGCCCUUUCACGUCGAAAGUCUGGCCAGGUUGGACAAGCUGCUGACCCUGGAGCUGCUGUCCAAGUGGCUGGAGAAGGCCAAUGUUACUAGUGUGGCCAUCUCGCUGCCCAAGGCAAACGUCACCAGCACACUCAGUCUGCAGAAACAGCUGUCUGCUCUGGGCUUGACCGAUGCAUGGGACCAGAAGGUGGCAGAUUUCUCCGGGGUGUCGGACAAAAGCAAAGGGAAGCUACAUCUCGGCGGGGUCGUCCACUGGGCUUCCCUGGAGCUGGCGGCUCAGGCUGGGAAAGGAGAUCUAGAGGAUGAGAGCGUGGAAAAGCCCAAGCUGUUCUACGCCGACCACCCCUUCAUCGUCUUUGUUCGAGACAACACGACCGGAGCGCUGCUGCUGAUGGGAGCGCUGGACCACGCAGAGGGAGAGGCCUUACACGAUGAACUGUAGCACUCUCUAGCAUCUGUCUUUUCCCUUGUCUUUCCCUUUCGCAUUCCCUCUCAAACGCCGCACGCUGGUUUCCAAGUCGAGACAUUGUCAUUCACUGUAGCACACUAUCGCUUCGCACUACGUCUGGCUGUCAUACAUUGACACCACAUAGUCUUACACUGACUGACACUGGCACUGCCAAACCUGACACUUACAGUCUCACACACACACCAACACCUACAUGACAUCUGUAAAUGAAAAUACAGUACAAGACAUUACUAAAGUUGACGGAUACAGCAGAAACACUAACUUUGAGCGACUCCCCGUUCUUUGUCUCUCCCACACACACACACAUAUACACACACAUUCAAGGGCUCAAUGAUCAAGUCGACACAAAACAAAAUGACAAACAAGAGUGCACUGACAAACCCUAACGUGCUGACAAGCAAAAGUGGUUACACUGACACAACACUUAGAGCUGCAUCAACAGAGAACUUUUACAAACAGAAGCUCGCAGUGACACUUGAAACCUCCCUGUCAGGCAAACACUAGGGCAGUGUGUGUCCGUGUGUGUGCUUGUGUUUGUGUGGUGACCGACAGAUCAAGGGUGCCCGUGGGGCCACUCUCUGAGCUGGCAGGGACCUAUGCUGGGGUCCCCUGGGCUACAUCUGAGGAAGACUGAUGGAUCAGCCAAGUGCUUAUUGAUGAGGCAGCUUAAUGCUAAUGACUGUAAUGCGUUACGGCGCUUGUCAACAACACGGAGAGGACGGGGAACCUUUUAAUCUCUUAAUGCCAUCAGGGAUCAAUGACACCAUUAUGCUGUUGGAAACAAACAUGACUGACAUCCCAUGACUUCAAUGUAACAGCUUAAUAUUUAGAAUGAUUACAGCAAUUCAGAGUUAUUGAUUUCCAUUUGUGUAUUUGUUUUUUUAUCUAGCACCUUGGUAUGUAGAUGGUGAUUUUAUUUUUUUUACUCUUUUUUUUCACUUGUGCGACUGUAUAUAUAUCUGCGUCUUCUCCUUAUCUUUGAUACACAAUCAAUCAAACAUGUACUGUUAAUAUAUAAUACGCAUGAAUUGCCACAACUCCAUCUUUCUUGACAGCACUGAUACAAGCUGAGACAGGAGGCCAUUUUUUAUGUUUUUUACUUCUCCCCUGAACAGAGUCAUCUGACACCGAGCCUCGCGGGUUCAUGGAAGUAGAUUUAAAGCCCCGAACUAGCAUCAGCGUAUUGAAUUUUAGUGGCGACACAUGAUAGACUCACAGUGCCUGGAAAGUGUAGCAGCAACUUUGUCAACUAACUCGCCGACUGCUUCCCAACAACCUCAGGUAAAAUGUGUUUCCUCCAUUCGCAACAAUAAAUAAUUGAGAAAUAAAAUGUAUGAGUGGAAAACAGAAAA